GGGAUGGCAGUGCGGAAGCGGAAGAGGCUGCCGGGCCGGGAAGCCUCUCUCCUGUGUGGCCGGGUCCCCGGGACGGGCCGCCCGCCGCGAUGCCGAGCCCCCGGAGGACCAUCGAGGGACGGCCGCUGGGCGCCUCGGGCGGGAGCAGCGUCCCGGGCAGCCCGGCCCACGGCGGCGGCGGCGGCGGCAGGUUCGAGUUCCAGUCGCUGCUGAGCUCCCGCGCCGGCGCGGAUCCCGCCUGCGCCCGGCUGCGAGCGUCCGACAGCCCGGUGCACCGGCGCUGCUCCUUCCCGCUGGCCGCCGCGGGCCCCGCGCAAGUGGCCCCGGCCCCGCCGCCCGAGGACGACCGCAUGAACUUGAACCCGUCCUUCCUGGGCAUCGCCCUGCGCUCCCUGCUGGCCAUCGACCUGUGGCUGUCCAAGAAGCUGGGCGUGUGUGCCGGGGAGAGCUCGGCCUGGGGCAGCGUGCGGCCCCUGAUGAAGCUGCUGGAGAUCUCGGGCCACGGCAUCCCCUGGCUGCUGGGCACCCUCUACUGCCUGCUUAGGAGCGACAGCUGGGCCGGGCGCGAAGUGCUGAUGAACCUGAUCUUCGCCCUGCUGCUGGACCUGCUGCUGGUGGCUGUCAUUAAAGGGCUGGUCCGCAGGCGCCGACCGGCCCACAAUCAGAUGGACAUGUUUUUCACCCUCUCGGUGGACAAGUACUCCUUUCCCUCGGGCCAUGCCACGAGGGCCGCCCUGGUGUCGCGGUUCAUCCUGAACCACCUGGUACUGGCCAUUCCACUGAGGGUGCUGGUGGUACUGUGGGCCUUCGUCUUAGGUCUCUCCAGGGUCAUGCUUGGGCGGCACAACGUCACUGAUGUGGCUUUUGGCUUUUUUCUGGGCUACAUGCAGUACAGCAUUGUGGAUUAUUGCUGGCUGUCACCCCACAAUGUUCCGGUCCUUUUUGUACUGUGGAAUCAACAGUGACACCAUCUCAUUGAUUGUUGGCACCAGGAGGUCUGAAGGUUUCCACGUUCGAGGAUUCUGACCUAAGCCAGAGCCAUCCAGUUGCCCCUCAGACAUUUCAGGCACCUUUGGGAAUUCUGGAAUCCCACUGCCUCGACAUGUUCCUAGGCCGGAGCAAAUGCUGCCUGUUACUGAACACAGCCAUACCAGAGAAAGAAAGUUUAUUCUGUAUGUAUUCACAGCUGUUUUAUCAGGAAGACAACUGCAGAGAAAUCAAGCUGGCUGAUUAUAUGAUUGCUAUUUAUUUAAAGUUGACAGUGUUAAUUAGAAACACCCCCCCCAAAAAAAAAACAUUGUUAUCACUUGUAAACUGAAUUUUAAGAGACGUGAACUUCCAGAUAAACCAUGUGCUAUUCCCACCCUUUCUCUGCGGCAGAUGUUAAACGGUAUUUUUAAAGUUUAAGGCAGAUUUUCCCGGUUAACUCUGAACAUGUGUUGCCAUAAUGGAAGCUUUUUCCUUAUCCUGAUUCCUUAAGAUCCUCCCUCUGUGGGUCAGGUUGUGUGAGAAGAGGGUAUACACAGUCCUUGCCUUUCUUCUCCCUGUACCUCUCAAAAGGUCUUUAGAGAGUUACUUUCCACUACUCUUUAACAGUGUCUUUUGGCAUUCAUAGAACAAAGCAAGACGUUGAAGAAGACAUACUCAAAAAAGUGGGCUUGUCUAAGGUUCCCAUAGAAAUGUAAGUAUGAGACUACUCAUUCAUUCCCUAAUUCUGUUGACAGCCAGAAGCAAUGCAUACCAGGGGUCCACGAAGCUGAGCUGCUGGGGAAAUCGGGGGCGCUCAGUAGUCUGGAAGCAGGCAGAGCACAGACACCAAUGGCCAGGGGCAGGAGGCGAAGCCCUGCUGCUUAUCAUCUGCGGAACAGAGCAAAUGGUCCUCUGCUAAGUAAAAAAUGGGAAGGCGAUGCGAUUCUCUUCAGUGCGCCUGCAUAGGUUUCUGUGUGUCCCACAAGGAUGACGGUAGGCUGUCAUCCUCAUUUCAGUUCCUCUUGGAGGCAUCGAGCACAUUUUAGGUAACAGUACUUAGCUAGAAAUUCUUCAGGACAGCCUGCUGCCCUGCGUGAGCGCUGGGUCUGACUCCUAAAUUUCUGUUUACAUUGAAAGCUGUUCGUUCAUGGUGCCUCCCCCAGUUAUAAGACCAAAGAUGACCAAAUAAUGUGGUAGCCUCUGAUUACUGUCUGACCUAGAACGACCAAACAGCAUAUUGCUGUAAAUCUGUAAAUGCUGCUGUGUCUGGGAAGAAAGCCUUUAAGUAACCUGUGGAAGUGAUGUCAUCAGAUCAUCUUAAUGGCCAGUUGUUCUGACAUUUAUAAAUAGAAGGGACUGUGGGCUAUGAUGUAACGUUCAAGGAUGUAGAUGGACAGGACUGUGGAGUAAGGCCGCGAUAAAUAGGUUCUCACUGGGUAGAAGCAGGAUCUUUGAGAGUAGGGGUCAGGCACACCAAGAGGAACAGCUCCUUUGACAAAUAAAAUGAGCAUUGCAUUCCCACACACCCUUAACACUGACUACCUCUUCGCUUACUAGAUCUGCCCAGCUGUGAGGUUCUAAGUGGUCUGAGUGUGUUGUUUAAACUUUCAGAGAUCAGUUUUAAUUAGAACAUUUAAGCCUGACAUUUCAAAGUGGCAGUGUUUGCUCUUACAGUGUCCCCAAGUCGGAUAACUGAGGGCCUCGCUUCUAGUUUCUUCUUAGAAACUAGAAUUCUCUGGAAUUCCUUAUUUUGAUUGCUGGGGCCUGAGUUUGCUAGUUUUUAAAGUAUAGAUCAGAUCAAUUUACACAACUUCAUGAGUAAUCCUAAAUUCUCUAGAGUAAAAAAAAAAAAAAAAAAAAAAACCCAAACAAUUUGUUAAUCACUUGUAUACUGUGAAGGAUGCCUUUUAAAAAAUCAAAAUAAAUUAACUGGUAAUGUUGAAUGA